GUAGACUAUUUUCCGCUCAUUUCACCAGUUUCAAGUUAUGUGGUCCCUUCCCAAAGGAAGUGAGUCAUGGUAGGCCAGUGGUCCGUUGAGUUACACGGGAAAAGCGAGCGGAUGGGAGGGAGGAAGAGGAGGGGAGGAUUCAGAUUAACAUCGCCAGAUAGGGUCGUUCGGAGGAGGGGAAACCAGGGAGGACACUGUAUCUUAUUCGCGGACGAAAAAGGACAACAACCCAGCGAGUGAAUCUCGAACAAAACUGAAAAUGCUUCAGCAAAAUCGGGCCGUGAACCCUGUCUUUGGAGGUCAGGAGCUGGUAGGGCCACCGGCAACCCUACGUAUGCAUUCCAACAGUCAGAAGAGAUGUGAGAAGGAUGGCAACUUUAACUUCCUGGGCCAAAAUGAUGAUGCCCGUAUGGGAGAUGAAAACCGCAACCAGGUGCGUCCAAGAGCUUUGGGCCCACUAGGUCGUGAUUCAUCCAUUUCUUCCAGCCACUAUGGGUCUGGGCCUCUUUCCCCACUGUCCCGUCUGCCUUGCUGGAGCCCACUGGAGCCUCUGCCUGAGAUUGAAAGUGGAGAUGAUAUGGGUGGCAGAGUGCCCCCAGACGGCGCAGAAGAAGGAAAGGUGGAUGAAGAGAUGAGGAAAGUGAUGGAUGAUGAAAAGGAGCAGGCUUUUGGGGAGAGUGAGAAAGCAGAGGAACUACUGGAUGAGGAGGAAGAGGAAUUUGGAGUGAUCGACUGGGUGGAUAGCAAUGAAGAGUUUGAAUUUAGCUACAGAUCUGAAAGCUCUUCCCAACUCAGCAUGGAGAGUGGUGACAUAGAGGGUGCAGGAGCCCACAGUUCCAUCUGGGAUCAAAUCUGCCAUGGACGUGCAAUGACAGACAAUGGGAACUCAACCGCAGACCAACUGAAAAAUCAGAACCACAGUGGAGGUAAGAAGGCAGAGCGGCGCCAGGAGAGUCUGGAGGGUAUUGAUCCAAUUGAAGAUGGCUCAUCAGAAUCAGAUACUGACCCCUAUACCGAGCUGCCAGACCUUAUGGAGGCUGUUUGGACGCUGCAGGAUCGGGAGAGGUUUAAGGCACAGGAGAUGGAGAAGCAUCAGGUCCAACUGACCAUGUACCGCCGCCUGGCCCUCCUCCGCUGGGUUCGCACCUUACAAAACCGGGUCCAGGAGCAACAGAACCGCCUCCAAUCCAGCUUCGACAUCAUUCUUACACACAGGAAAGAGCUGCUGCGCAUGGGUGCUGCCACUGCAACCCAAUAACAGAGGAAAAGUCAUAAGACCAGCUGAUCACAGAAGCAAAUGACUAAUUGCAGUGUCAUGUGAAAAGCAAUCUUAGCAUCUCUUUUAUUAUUUUGAAUCAUAUUACCUCCUUGGUCUCUGAACUUCUGAUGCCCCGAUGUUCCACAAUGUUUUAUCACUGUCAUAAAUAUGGUUAAGCAUCCUCUAAAACAUCCACCUUGGUCAAUGAUGUUUCCAAACUUUUCCAGAUCUGAUAUGUUUAAAUAAUUACAUUACAUACAGUAUAUAUCAUAUGUGCAAAAUAAAAAUAUAUAUAAAUUAAAUAUAAAAAUAAAUUAUAUUUAACAAUUAA